GCCUGCUGCCUUUUGAGGCAAGUGUUGAGUUCAGUAGAGGCUUUGGGUUGUAAAGCUCUGAGGUGGUUUGAAAGCAGUUUUUCUAUAGACUGGUGGGAUGCUGGGAGCUGGUUACUAAGAUACUCCUGACGGAGCAGGAUUUGGGCUUCUUGCCCAACUACCACUUCCUCAGAAGGAGAAGGGGAAAAAAAAAAAAAAAAGACUGUCUGCUACUUGCAUUAUAGGAGAGGUUUUCUGUCUGAGUGGCUGCUAUAAACCCCAGGCAUGGGGAAUGAAGUUAGCCCAAAGAGGCUGUGUGCAUCAAGUGAGAAAUGUAAGGCUCAAGAGGCUGUAGAGGGAAGUGGGGAGAUGCUUCCUACUGCACAAAGCUCGCAAGAGGCUACAGCAUGGAUUGACCAGAGCUGGUCUUUCCCAGAAGAGGCUUUGCAAGACCCUGGCAGUGCUCUUACACCAGUAACACAGGAGGCAUUUGCACAGACCAUGGGGAAGACUGCAGUGGAUCAAUCCCCUCAUCGUCUGAGCCUCGGGCAAAGGCUACAAGUUUGGAUUGGCAAGGUACCACGAGCCAGGGAUGUGGUCCAGACUUCAGGUGAGGUGCUACAGGGAACAGAAGCCAAGCCUCCUACAAAGGUAAUGCAGGACAGUAAGCCUGCUCCCAAAAACGUGAGACAGCCUAGAGAAGCCCCAACUGCUGUAGAGAGUACAGAAGAUAUGGCCAAGCCUUGGCUUGUUGCAUACCCUGAUUCUGAGACUCCAGCUACUCCACUAGCUAAACAAGGGGUACAUGCUAGUGCACGGGCCACAGAUAAGGCUGAAACGGAUCUGACGGUUUCAGAGGUGACUGAGAUUUGGCAGUUGAGGUCUUCCCAGGCACCUUCUACCCCCAGCAAAGAACUGACUGAAAAUGCUGAGCAUCGUUCACAACCUGCAAACCCAGAAACUGAGACCCUAGUGGAAAGCCAGACCAGGCUGGAAGGCUACCUUGUUGUGUGCAAGAGACUGUACAACCUACUGCUGACACCAAGCCCACUCUGCAGAUGGCUCAAGAAAGCAAAGUCCAGCCCAAAGCAGUGACUACCCUUGUCCUAACCCCCUGACCGUACAACUUGCUCGUCUUAUGAGAUGGCAAUACGGAUCCUCCACUGAUCAUGCAAGAGACUCCAUGCUACUCAGCUGAAGCCCAGCCUGUUCCAUGUACAUGGCAGGAGGCUGGUACCCAAACAACUGAAGUUCACAAAGUUAAAUUAGGAAAGCCCAGUCUCCUGCAGAGAUGCACCUGACAGCACAAAAAGAAAUAAAGCUACUCCUGACUAGCAACUGAUUAGAGGAUUUCCUUCCAGAUCACGCAGCUCUGCCACUACCCAUUAAAGAAACAGGGCUGAGACUAGGAGACUGAGACUUUUUUUACAAAUCACUGAAGAAACUGACUCGACACAAGAAGCUGCAGCCCAGCCUGAAACAAGAACUGUACACGCAACCCUACAGGAUGCUGACUCCCAGUCUGCUCUACGGAUCCUAGAAAGCAUGAGUGCACUUCAGACAGUGGCCUGGUUCUCUUGGGAGAAAUCACUGAAAUCUGACUCUGAACUAAGCCUGUAAAACCUGUACCCCACUGUGAAGAUGACAUGAGACUGAAGCCACAUGCACUGUCACCAUAAUUGGGUUCUUCCUCUAGUGACACAGGAUCACAAUCGCUUUGAGUUCCAGCUACAGUCUCUGGCCUCUCUACCAGCAUGUAGAAGCAGAAGAGAAGACUCAAGUCUAGGCAGCCCUUGGCCCAUGGACCUGAGGGUAAAAUUGCUCCAAUGGAAGACCCCAGAUCUAGCAGUGCCUGCUUCAGAACAGUGGCAGAUUCUGCUUCUGUGGCUGUAACUCUGCCAGCUCCAGAGAAGGGACUUGUUCCAGCUGGUGGCUCUGACAUAACUGGAGCAAGGCCAGAGUGCGAUGUACCGGCUGAGUGCUACUGCUGGCCUGCAGCAUGUGGUGCUUUGCUAUCUAUUUCCUGGCCUUCAAUUGUAGCCAUGCUCAAAAUGUUGGCUGUUCCAUGAGAUGAGGGUGCAAUGCAGGUAGCAUGACUUCUGGGCAGAGGCUUGGUUGGGGGUGGGGAGAAAGGGGCAUCUCUAUUCAAUUGCAGGCUCAGGCAUGUCCAAACUUAGUGCAUUCUCUCUUGUACUAGUAUGGCCUGGCCAUUACUUUAUCUUUAAAAGCGCUCUUUUCUCCCAACAGUAAUGAUCUGAGGGCUUUCCAAGACAAGGAAGUAUGCACCAAGUGUGUGAGCGGGAGCUAGUGUGUACAGCUUCACUACACAAAUUAAUCUGAUAACUUUGCAUGUUAACACUUCUUCAUAAGCCCUUCUACAGGGCUGCCUAUUCCACUUCAGUGCACACUCAGCACUUCUAAAUUCCCGGAGUGCUCUGCCCUUCACAACACUCCCUGCCUCCUAGGCUCUUUGACUUGCCCGGGUCACCAACCCUGCCUGGCAAAAACAAAUCGGAUGAGUCUAUGACAUACCUUUUCUUUAAAAGCUAAGAGACUGCCUGCAUAUUCAGUGUUUGUCUUAACUCCAUGCUGACGCAGUCCUAGAAGGUGAAGCUGGUGGUGGAUGCUGGUGCUGGCAGACCUGGCAAUCUUUGUUGUUACUAGAGUUGUUUAAUUUUUAAUGUUUCAUAAUUCAAUAAAUGCUUGUCUACUAUUCCUGAA